GUGUCUAGUUUCCUCUGCCUCAGCUGCUCAUGGAGGUGUUAGAAGAACAUGCAUUAGCUGCAGCUAUAGUGCUGUAAGUGUUGGUGUUGAACAGGUGAAACCAGCAUGGAGGUGACAGCAGCCCGCAGGUCGUUCCUCUGUGAUAUCGGCUUCUGGGCCGACCGGACCGCCCUGCAUGAGGCAGCGUCCCACGGCAGGGCCCUGCAGCUCAAACAGCUGCUAGAGAGCGGAGCGUCGGUCAACGUGGUGACGGUGGACAACAUCACCCCGCUCCAUGACGCUUGCAUACAGGCUCAUCCCAACUGUGCCCGGCUGCUGCUGGAGGCUGGAGCCCAGGUUGAUGUACGGACUAUUCAUGGCAGCACUCCUCUGUGUAACGCCUGUGCGUCCGGCAGCCUGGAGUGCGCCAAGAUGCUUUUGGAACACGGAGCCAAAGUGAACCCGUCCCUCACAGCUCUCACCGCCUCGCCGCUCCACGAGGCCUGUAUACAAGGUAACGUUGAAGUCGUGAGGUUGAUGAUAGCCAGCGGGGCCCGGCUGGAGGCGUACGACGUCCACUUUGGUCCGCCGCUCCACAUCGCGUGUGCUAAAGGACGCGUGGACUGUGUCAAGGAGCUGCUCAAUGCAGGCGCCAACGUGAACUCCGUUAAGUUCCACGAGAGAGCUCUGCACCACGCAGCGAGAGUCGACGUGGAGGACAUGAUCGAGCUGCUGAUGGAGUUCGGAGCCGACGUGUACGCCACCGACAACCAGGGAAGAAAGCCCGUGGACUACACGACGCCCGCGUCUCCCGCUCACACCUGCCUCGUGUUUUAUGAAAGUAAUCCUCUGAGCCUGCAGCAGCUUUGUAGAAUCACCGUGAGGACGAGGCUCGGUACUAGAGCCUCGGAGGUCAUAGGUCAGCUGGACAUAUCCCACCGCAUCCACAGCUACCUCCGCUACUGUGAGCAUCCUGCAUCACUAUAGAGUGAAUGGAUUUCUAAGCCUGUAUGAGAGACUGCUGUUUGAUAUUAUACUUAAAGCAACUCUUAAAAGAAGCGUCACAGAAAACAUUAUCCGGAUCUUAUAAUUAAAGAUAUAUAUUAAGUUUAGGGCUGAACCAUUUAGAAAAAAUAUCUAAUUGUGAUUAUUUUGACUGAUAUUGCAAUCAGUUUGCCAUGUUAUGAUGUGAGCAUAUUGUUUUAUGCUAAAUGCAGUACCUGUGAGGGUUUCUGGAUCAAUAUCUGU